UUACCGGCCUUCGUCCGUAACCGUAGCGGACGGGUCGGAUCGGUGGGUCAUCGAAGAUAUUGAGUAUUUCUUCAAGAGUAGAGUAAUUCCAGUUUAUGUGAUUACAUCAUAAAUGAUAUGAAAGUGUUGAAGUGCUGGAGCUUUCAAAUAUUUUUCUGCAUGUUGGAAAUCCCAAUUUUGCCGCUCAAAUACUGGGAUGAACAUGGCGCCAUUGUCAUUGAGAGCAUGAAACCACGAAAUCAAAUUCGCACAUUAAGCGCAAUUGAGGUAUUGGGAGUGAGUGGUACUCUCAGCACAAUUGUGCGAUCGGAGCAUUGAUCAGAUUGUGGCGUCGAUUGUGGCGUUUGCGAGCGCACAAUUGUGCUCUCAACUCUUGGCACCUUUACCAGCAAGAAUCGAAUCAGAACGCAUCUCCUCCAGCAUCUUAAUCAUUACUUGAAAUGAAUUACGAUGGAAUACAAUCAAGAACUUCCAUCAAGUCACCGCUCUGAUCAUGCGGGCUCAAAGGACAAUUUAGCCAGCCGGGUUGCUCCCACUAGUCACUUCAGCCCUACGGACGCGAUAUCCACAAAGGGGAAUCUUGCGUUCGAGCUGGACGAAGAUGGUGCUUUUGCAGUUUGCGACAGCAUCAGUUCGUUAAAUAAUGUGGAAACCAUGAGCGAGUCCAGCUCACUAGAAGGAAAUGUGAAUACAAUACCGGACAUUGAUUCGGUCGACGAUGACGAUUUCUCGAUACCAUCAAAGUCCUCGAACUUCAACGAUUUCCCUCGGCCCGGGAAUUAUGAAUUGAUUGCAUACUGUGGGACCCACUGGGACGAACAAGCGCUUUUGCCAUGGCGCCUCGAGCCGGUCAAAUUCGAAGAUCUGGUGGACUUGACAUUCGAGCCAAAGUCCUACGAUACAUCAAAUACCAACUUCACGAAUAGAUCAGACGUAAUGAAGGAUAAGGUUCAUCCACAGUUUCCCCAGUGGAGUUCAAGGUUCCUUCCUAGGUCUAUCGCAGGGUCGUCUGAUUCAAUUCCACCUCUCACCGAGGAUUGUUCACGCGAUUCCGACAGUGUUGCCGUUUCUGAACCAAUCUUGAAUAGAGUUGAUGUCUCGAGAUUCUCCCAGGUCUUUGUGCAAGACAAACCUGAAAAUUCGUCGCCCAUAUCGCCACAUCUUCCGGGUAUCGAUGAGAGGUUUGGUGGAAAGUUCGAGUAUGAUACAGCUACCGUUUUGGCCGGUGUAGGUGGGGUCCGAGAAAACAGCCCACCUGGACCCUGGCCGGAGCUCGAUUGCUUCCUUCCAAGACACAGCAAUGUCGAUGAAGGCGAAGAUUGCCUCGAAAACAUCAGUUCCAGUUCGCCAAUGGAGGAGUCGACCGACUCGGAUUCUGUUUGGAUGUCUGAUUACUCUGAAAGUGCUCCAGUGCUCGAGGACAAUCACCCUUUUUGGAUGAUCCAACCUAUCAUCUUACGAGAAGCCUUACUCUCGUUUCAAGCUUGGCAGCAGCGCCCACAAGAAGGCUCAACACCUUCGACCAGUAGCGCUUCGGCACCAUCAAGUGGAGGGAAGACCGAUAAGAGUUCACAGAACAAGAGACAAUACCAGCCGGGAGGUCGUGGUAAAGGAGAUGAGGAGAACGAGGACGAUCAAGGCGGGUCUCAAAAGCGACCUCGAAUGUCGAAAAAGGUGUCUGGACACCAAGUCUCCUUUGCUUGUCCGUUCGCCAAGAAAGAUCCGCUUCGGUACCGAAGCUGUCAUGCAUACGUGAUAAAUCGAAUCCAAGAUGUGAAGACACAUCUUUCUCGCUACCACCAGUUGCCGAUCUACUGUCCUCGGUGUAUGUCCACAUUCGUUACCGAAUCCGAGCGUGACGAACAUAACAGAGCGUCAAUGCCGUGUCCAGUGGAAGAAGUCAUUCCUUAUGAAGGCGUCACCAGAGCUCAAAAGGAUCAAUUGUCGCAGAGAGUGUCCUCCAAGAUGGCACUUUCUGAACAAUGGUUCGCUAUUUUCGAUAUCCUCUUCCCAGGUCACAGCCCAAGGCCAAGAUCUGCCUACAUGAACGUGGAUCUUACAGAAGACCUCGAAGCAUUCCAGAAUCUAAUGCACGCCGAGGGGCCGAGGAUCAUCGCUACAGCUAUAACAUCAAGCGGUAUGCAAAUAUCCUCGCUGGCAAAUGAAGAACGUGAUCUUUCUGCUCUGUUGGAGUCGGUCAUUGGGGAAGGGCUUCAGACAAUUGCACAAUUGUGGUCUGCGAGACUGUUUCCAGACCCUGGAGUAGCCCAACCUGGCCUAUCGGAAGGUUCAACGAGUUAUCUUGCACCUCAGUCUGUUGUGCACUCACAAACAUCUUCUGAUACGCUGGUCAAUUCUACUCAUCAGAGACAGACAUUGCAAACACACCAACCGACCUUCGCGACAUCUGAAAACAUGGUGUUCAACAACGUUCAACCCAGUCGCAGCGAAGAUCAUCAAUCAUUGGCAAUCGGUUCGACGAGUCAGGAGCCCGUAUCUAGACCUGGUUUGUCAGAAGAUGAUGCUGAGCUUUUCAAACGACUUACCGAGGACGGGGACUUCUUCCCUAUCCAUGGCCUAUAUUCUAGCUAUCCACUUCCUGAUGCUUCGUAGAUUGUGGUUGUUAGUAAAAUGCGGGCGAUGUGGGCGGUUGUG